AUUCCUGAGCUUCGGCAAGGAGAAAGGCUGGUCUCUGAAUGCUAAUCGACAAGGAAGCAGGAAGCCGUGCAAAUAAGUGAUGACAUUUAAAGAAGCAGGAAGUGCUUUUGAGAACUUUUGCCAGACUCCCUUGGCCAGCAGAGCCUCCCUGCAGUGGGAGUCGAAGAAGGAUUGACAUUCCCGUGGGAGGGAAUCAUGGCAGCUGCUGUUGAGGAGGGCUGGGUGGCCCAAGAUCGCGUCAGGAGCCUCCAGAGUGACGUGGAAGGAGUGAAGACCAUCAUGUCGGAGAACGUCGAACGCAUCCUGGCCCGUGGCGAGAAGCUGGACGACCUCAUGACCAAGACUGAGGACCUACAAGCCAGUGUAAGAUGGCAACCCUUAGGCCUAGGGUCAGGCUUAGAAGGACAAUCGAGCGAAUCAACUGUAAUGUGACCUCCAGCGCGAGGUGGCGAUGGUGAGGAAAAAAUGGAGGGGGGGAGAGCAAGGACAGAGGGGGUUUCCUUGUCGAACAUAACCCCCGUGCGGUCAAUCGUAGUACAUAAUGUAAAAUAGUUACUUGUUUGUCCUUAACUUUCCUUUUGCAACAAAAAUAAAUGAAAAGGAAAUGCAGAAAUGCCCUUCGGCCCUCCUAGCCUGUGCUGGCACAUUUUGCCCUUCCAUACUAAAACUGUCUUCACUUACAGGAUCUGUAUCCCUCUAUUCCCUUCCUAUUCACAUAGGGGAGGCGAUGGCCCUCGUGGUAUU